GACGACAACGACAACAACAACAACAACAACGACGACGACGACGACGACGACAAAGACGAUGACGACGACGAUCUAAACAACAGGAACGACAAAAAUCAUGACGAUGACGAAGAUGACAAUGAUAACAAUGACGAUGAUAACAAUGAUGAGGACGCCAACAAUGACGACGGUGACGAUGAGGAUGACGACGACAAGGAUGACGACGACGAU